CCUGAUCCGACAAACUCUAUUCUCUUCUCUAUUUGCCUUGGCAUACUUUGCUCAUGGUCAUGGAGUUAAUAUUUCAAAAAAAAUAAAAUAAAAAUUCAUACUUUAUUUACAGUUAGGGAUAUUGAUGAUGGCCUAUCAGACCAUGAUCGAAAAACAGUAACGUCUGCCUCUCUCUCUCUCUCUCCCCUCCUGCCCUCCUCCUUCCUUGCCUGUCUGGAAGGCGGUAAUAUCUGCUUCUCUCUCUCCCCGUUGUUCUUCAGCCCCAUUCUCUCUCUCAAUGACGAGGAGUUGUUAUGUGGAAUCCUGCACGGUUGAAACCAACGAUGGAAUUAAGCUCCACACGCGACUGUUCAAGCCAAGAGAGGAGAUGAAGGACAAUCUGGUAAUUGUCCUCGUCCAUCCGUACUCCAUUAUGGGUGGUUGUCAAGGCCUGAUGAGAGGAAUCGCAAGUGGGUUAGCAGGGAGAGGUUACAGGGCCGUUACCUUCGACAUGAGAGGGGUUGGCAAAUCAACUGGAAGACCUUCUCUCAUGGGGUUUUCUGAAAUCCGUGAUGUUGUUGCUGUGUGCAAAUGGGUCACCGAGAACUUGUCUGGUGACAGGGUUUUGUUGGUGGGUUCUUCUGCAGGUGCUCCGAUUUCGGGCUCUGCAGUUGAUCUGAUAGAACAAGUCGUGGGCUAUGUGAGUUUGGGAUAUCCUUUUGGUUUGACUGCCUCAAUCCUGUUCGGGCGACACCAUAAGUCCAUCUUACAGUCCCCAAAACCAAAAUUAUUCGUUAUGGGCACCAAGGAUGGGUUUACAAGCGUGAAACAAUUAGAGAACAAGCUCAAAUCUGCGGCUGGGCGUGUUGAAACUCAUCUAAUUGAGGGAGUGAGCCAUUUCCAAAUGGAGGGGCCUGAUUAUGAUGCUCAAAUGGUAGAUCUUAUUCUCAAAUUUACUGCAUCAUUGUAGUUGUAGGCCCAACUCUCUUUCACCCAUCCUUAAAAUGCUAGUAAGAAAACAAACAAGGCAUUGUCUUAUACAUGGUAUGGUAAGUUGGUAACCCGGUAGGAUUGAUUGAUUGACUAUUGGGCGAUUGAUUGGCCUGGCCUGGUCCGACGCAGCAGCAUGGCUUGUUUGGCUGUUUUU